CCAACGCUGUAACGUAACCAGUGGCGAAUCCGCGCCCGCGAAUUUCGCCCGUUUCGCGAGAAAUCUUCCGUGGUUCUUCCGUGCGAAAGGGUGGGCAGAGCGCGUCUUCGGCGGAUAGACCGUGUGUGCGUAGACGCGUGUCGCGUCGUAUUAUAAUAGUCUGCGUCUCUAAUAUAGCUAGCGGAAACUGGCUGGUGCGAGAACGGCGCGUAGUGCGAACCUCGCGUUUUUUUCCCCUCGGGGAGAAGAAAAAAGAAUCGCUCGAGGAGAUUGACGUUUCUCGCGCGCGCAGAGUGACAUCAUCAGCCACUGUCGUCCGCUGGGUUGUCAGUCGCUCGCGGAAUGACGCAGUAGACGGACGACGGUAGUGCUCGCGAAGUGCAGUGGCGGGCUCUCUUUCUCUCUCUCUCUCUCCCCUCUCUCCCCUCACGCACGAUGAGAAAACACGGUGAAGUCUCGCGGUGAAGUAGAUAAAAUUAAUUUGGAAAUAAAAAAUGUCUGCGGAAUCACCAAGGCGAGGUGCGCAUAAAGGAGCUCAAAUUGUUUCACCUCAGCCCAUAGUUGACAGAUCGAUUAUCGAUAGCGUUGCUGGAAUUAUCAAUGAUAUAGUACCACAGGGAUACGCCGGAGCAUCCAACUCUGAUAAUAAGGAAACCAUAUCAUGGGCACGAUUUGAAUAUGCGGAUAUAAAUGAUCCUGUUUUAUAUCCUGAUUACAAUGAAGGUUCCAGUACGCCACCAUUAUUAUUGGUGCUAGGAUAUACAGUUGGCGUUCAGGUAUGGCUGAUAGCAGCGACGGGAGAGGCAACGGAAGUUCUAUCAUGGCGACAAGGCGUGAUUCGUACUCUUCGAAUUCUACCAAAUCCAAAGACUGAUGACGAACACGUCGACGAAUUCGAAGCGAAACGGCCGAUGGUAGCGGUCUGCUCCGAGCCGGAUUCGACUCUUCCGGGACCAAAAUUUUGCGAUGUCAACUUCAUCUCCUUGAAGACUGGCGAGCCGGUGCAUAGCGUAGGAUUUAAGAAUCCUGUUUGCGACGUGUUGGCAAACAAGCGGUCUGUGGUUGUAACGUUAUUAGAAAAAAUUGCGGUCUUCGAUGCCAGAACAUUGCAAAAUAAUAUAACAAUCACUACCUGCUAUGCCAGCCCUGGCCCAAAUCCAAAUCCUGUCGCUUUAGGAACACGGUGGCUCGCUUACAGCGAAAAAAGAUUAAUACCCGCAAGAAGGAGCAGUGGCGGUUGUGAGGGAGAGGGCGUGCAAAGUUACACAGCGACGGUUUUAUAUGCAGCGAAGUCACUGGGUAAAGGUCUUCGCGGAUUAGGGGAAACCGUUGCUUCGAGUCUGACCGGAAAUUCAGUAUCACCGAUGACUGCGAAUAAUACAAGCAAUGACGUGACACAACCGGGCGUAGUCACGAUAUUGGAUCUUCAGAUCGCAAGAGAUGAGAAAGAAUUGGACGACGCGAACGCGGAUGCUGUAAUCGCUCAUUUUACCGCCCAUAGCGAUGCGAUCGUCGCCAUGACUUUCGAUUUGACCGGCGCGUUAUUAAUGACAGCCGACAAGAGAGGACAUGACUUUCAUGUAUUUAGAAUUCAGCCACAUCCCGGUGGGCCGACAUUAGCAGCAGUGCAUCAUUUAUAUAUUUUACAUCGUGGUGAUACCACUGCAAAAGUACAAGACAUGAUAUUCUCGAGCGACGCACGCUGGGCUGCAGUUUCAACUGUGAGAGGUACCACGCAUGUUUUUCCUGUCGCACCGUAUGGAGGUCCUGUUGGUGUCAGGACGCACUCCACGCCUCACGUCGUCAACAGACUAUCGAGAUUCCACAAGAGUGCGGGCUUGACGGACGAUGGUACUCGAUCCCAUUCUCCCGUGUCUCACGCGGAGCUACCUUUGUCUGUAUAUCCGUAUUCGAAUCCGAGACUUCCACCGUAUCCUCAUCCGACGAUAUUGCAUCCACUGUCGCAGAUUCGACAGCCGUCUUCUUUGAAUCAAGUCAACAACUCGUCACAGCCAAGACCGCAGCAAAGACAACGGCUACAUUCUGACGAUAGCGGGACUCUACCGUUAAAAAUUUGCGCAUGUUUCGCUCCACCGAGAGCUUGGAUAUAUGCGCAAAGGGAGUCUAGCAGCAAGGUUGUCAAGAGAGCAGUCGAUUCUUUGUUCAUCAUGGCAUGUCAUGGAAAUAUGAUACAAUAUGACUUGGAACCUAAACCAGUUGCUGGAGUGCCAAAGGAAAAAGUUUGCGAUGAUACCAUGAUCGAGUUGGAUGUCGAAGCGAAGGGCCAGUGGCCGCUUUGCAGAGUCCCCAAUUCUUCGGAACUCGUCCCACCAUUGCCUUUGUCUAACCCGUUACUCAGCGUCACUUUUGCACCAAAGAACAAUCAGGAACUUGACACGGCCGAGGAUCGUUGGUUGAGUCAAGUAGAAAUCGUCACGCACGCUGGACCGCACAGGCGACUGUGGAUGGGACCACAGUUUACUUUUAAAACUUACAACGCACCUAGCGGUGUUGCUGUUAAUUUGGUCGAAGCGGAAGCGAUCGAGAUUGGAAUCACCGGAUCGCGUCCAGCGAGAUCGAAGCCCGUUAAUAUGCCCCACGCAGCGUCCAGGCCGUUGAUGCCAGUCGUCAUCGAUGGAUCAGGAAGUAGUUACGAGCAGUCGCCAAGAUUCAUGGAGGCUUACGGUGAUCCUCUAGAUAGCGAGAACGUAGCCGUUGGUAGCUGCGAGAGUCAGCUGAGAGAGGAUCUCGCCGAAGCUAUGCUUGAGAUAUCCAUUGCGUCGCAUCGUGCCCCAGGGAGGCGUACGAUAAUUGAGAGGGUGGGUCAACCGGUAACUAAAGUCGUCAACCCUCACACCGGCACCGUGAUUACCGUGUCGGCCGACGAGGAUGAGGACUCUGUUAGCUCCGUUCAGGAGUACGAUUCCGCUCCGGAGGAGAUCCACGCACCUAGAAGCGUGUGCGCCGAGGAGGGACCGGCCUCGCUCGGUGCAGCGGACAACCUCCCGGACGUGCCGGAGUGCCGGGCGCUGAGUUGCGAGCACACCGAGAUCUGCGCGGAAAUGCGCACGGCCAGUGAACCGACGGCAAUCGACAGCGUGCCCGACGAGAAUAUACGCGAGUUGCAAGAACGUCGCGCCCUGUGUGCGGAGAUGGCGACGACGACGACGUCGACAUCGAUCGAUUACGAGAGGGAAGGGGCUUUCCGCGAUGUACCUACGAGUCUCAGUUUAUGCGCUGAACCGGGCGAGAUUCCGAGCAGUCCGAUGACGCAGGCGAAAGAGACUGCGUUGUGGUACGGCAAGACGGGCGACAGAUCUGUCGGCGACAAGCGCGCCGAGGAUUAUCACGUCCACGAGAGACACCUCGCCAAAGCUAAGUAUGUCGUCAGUUACGACGACGACAGCGUCACGCUGAUGGAAAACAAGACGAUGCGAGGCGAAAGAAAUAUCGAGAUGCAAUCAAGCGCGGACGAAAGAGCUAAGAGAUCUCUCGCGAGAAGGUCAAUCGUCGUCGAGAACGAGGCUACCGCGCAGAAACGUCCGGUCGAAACGUCGCGGUCGAUGCGCGCGAAGAAAUAUAUUGUUCAAGAGAACGAGGACAGUGUCGUCAUCGAGGACGCUCGAUGCGCGGAUCCAAUGACGAGCGUUUGUACAAAAAAAAAAGAAAGCGAGGUUCAUAAAAAGAAAGCCGAGAAUCCGAAAGAUGUUUAUAAGAUGUUUGCGAGAGAGAAACAUGGGGAAACAACGCAGGCGCAUAAAAACGGCAGAUUGAAGAGUCGCGCUCCGCGAGACUCUUUCGACGAGGAUCGAGUGACGUUAGAGAAUAAAGAAAUUAAAUGCGCGAAAGCGGAAUUCUCCGGUGACACGGAUUCUGAGCCGACAAAAUCAACCGCCGACGUAAUCGUGAAGAGAGAGAAUCUCGCUAAACUUGCUCCGAAAGCGGGAAAAACGGGACUGUUACCUGAUGACGAUGAUGACGAAUUACCACCGUUGGAUCCCCCGCCGCUGGAUGACUUUAGCUCUAUCGAGUAUCAUAUGGUGGAACAAUGUAAGGAUGCUGCUUCCACGGCCACUCAGUCUGACGAUGACAUCGAACAUAUCCACGCGUCUGAGGUGACACAGAUGCGUGCGAGGAUCGAUGCAGGUGACGACAAGUGCAGAGACGAUGCAUUCUUUGGCUCCACGGCCACGCAAUCGUCUUCCCCGGUGGAGCAGCGGAAAAGCAGUAAGAGCACGAUCUCGGACGACGAUCUGGAAUAUAUACACAGUUCCGAGUUCGGCGGUCUCGAUUCCGCGAGUUCGGGUGACGUCACCUACACGGCCAAAUCCGCGACAAAAGCGAGCAAUGACAGAAGCUCAUGUAGAAGGCACAGCAAACACACCUUGUCGUCCGAUGACGAUCUGGAGCACGUCCAGCUCUCGGAGAUUUGCGAGCUGGAACUUGGCGCGGUGACGAGUUCCUCUCAACAAGAGAUGGAGCAGCAAGAUACAAAACCUAGAUUGAGCAAGAAACGAAAAGAUAUCAUGGUGAUCGAGAAGAGCGAAACGGAGACCGCGGAUAUCACCGUUAUAUACAAUCCACUAGAAGAGAUCUGGCUGAAGUCGGAGGAGAUGACUGAUAAGUAUGGUCCCGUCGACCAUCUCAAGGACAAAUUGGAAGGGACGAGUCCAACGCGAAGGGCCAAAAAUCGCAUUUCGAAAACGGCAGCGAAUUCCUCGUUGUUAUCCGGCAAGCGGGCUUCUCAGAUCGUUGCUAGCGAUAUCGUCGAGAUUAUCGAUAUUGAUGCAAUGCAGAGGGCCGAUACGGACGCUGACUCAACGCCAGAGUGCAAAAUUCUGCCUGCCGCUACCGGAACGCGCGUCAAAAAGUCUCGCAAGAGCAAAAAGUCGCAGGCGGAUAGCCAGUUGCAGGAAAAUAGCUCGACAGAGCUCUCUUUUUCCUCUUCCUCCUCCUCCUCCUCCUCCUCCUCCUCCUCCUCCUCCUCCUCCUCCUCCUCCUCCUCCUCCUUUUCUGCUCCUCCACCUUCAUUCCGUUCCUCCAGAGUGAAAAUGGCGGAUCUGCGAGAGGCAGUGCAAGACGAGUCGUUUGUAGACUUUCCCAGAGAUCUUCAGGAACAGAAAGUUCAAGCCCCUGUCUCGACGGAGAUAUCGUGGAGCUCUGUCGUUAAGAAAAGCAUCUUAUCAGAUUCGCAAGAGAUACGUAAGGAAACAGAUCUUGAGCCGUUGAUAGAGGUGGAGGAGAAAUCGGAGGCUGGCGAGCAUGCGAGAAAGCUGAAGAAAAUUUCGGAAUUUUGCGACAGGGACGAUCGCCCGUUCCUCGAAUCAGGGGCAUGCAAACAUGAGAAUACACAACGACGAGCUUUUGAUGUUGAGGAGAAAGAAGAAAAGGAGGACCUUUUUGGCGAAAAGAAUAAGGCUAACAAAACGAUGACAACGCCGAUGGAAGAGACUAUCCUCGUAGAUCUUCCCAUAGCGGUAAUAGACGAAGAACCUCGCGCGGACAGGGAUCUUGCGGGUGUCACGAUCGCUAUGGCACGAGCCAAGAUGUCACAUCAGGACAGGGAGGAUAACAAAGAACAGUCUCUUCCGGCUCCGGAAGUACGAUUCAUCGUCGACAAGACACGUCGAGGUGGCAGUCAAUCGGUGGCUAGUUACGAGGACCUGAGUUCCAGCAGUUUCAGCUCCGCCAGCAGGGCGUCUCUGGACGCGAGGAGUUCGCCAACGCCGUCAUACGGGGCCGAGAACAUGAUGGUGUUCCCUGGCGAUAGCAGUGGCUCCAUUUGAGAUUAUUUGAGAUGCGCGGCCAUGCUACCGAAUUGGCUGCGCUGUCUCAGGUAAAGAAAGAGCAAGACACUGAAGAAGAAGAAGAAGAAAAACUCUUCGUGGAAGAAGAAUCCUUGCUCGAAGACGGAAGGCUGUUUUGCUGUGUAAUGUGCGAUCGGCUCUUUCCAAUCGAUCACACCCGUCGAUCACACACAAAAUAAUUUUUUUUAAUUUUUUUUCUGAAGUUCCGCUGACAUACACGCAGUGAGAUAAACACAAACGUCAGCGGAACUCUGAAUGAACAAUGAGGGAUGUCAACGACCAGGAGUGUUAUCGAAAGAAAGGUGUGCAUGCUAAAAACCCGGUCGCGACUUUUCUACGAAGCGUGUGCGAUGCACAGAUCUCUUUUCGAGAGAGUCACUCGUAUUUGCCAUUUUCAUUUUCUUGUUUCCUCUGUUAAUGUCUUCGCUAAUAUUUUCUUUGUUCUUACUAUUGCGCGGACCACGACGCUUUCUUCUGGUACGUGUACAACUUUUUUACGGGAAGCCCUGUGAGACAGGAACGGAAAGAAUGAAAGUGACUUUCGUAAACUACACGUCGCGCAUUCUACGAGAAAAAAAAAAAAAAUAAAUAAACACGUGCUCCACGAGAGCCGCGAUAAAAUUCCGUUUUUAAGCAUCUUUCUAUCACGCUAUAUAUUAAUACCUAAGAGACUAUUUUACGAUAAAGUUACACUCUAAUUAUCAAUCCCAAUAUUUUUAUACUUUUGGUAUUUCUCUCUCCGUGGACACACGUUAUACACACGAUGUACGUUGCCAAGGUAAUCUGCUCGUUCAUGAUAAUUGCAUUUUGUACAUCCCCCCUUGUGUAAUUUAUCGGUACGCAAUAUUCGCGACAUAUCAUUCGAAUAUAUGAUAUUUUUUGUCGUUUUUUCCCCGUUCUAUUCGCAUUCUCUCAUUGGUGUAACAAUCAUUUCAGAUGGUCUCCAAACGAUGGGUUUGCUUGAUAAAUGCAGUGCAAUAUUCAAUUGCAUAUAAUAAGUGGUAGCGACAUUUUAUUGAACAUACAAAUUCGCUUUUUUUUACCAGUGCAAGAAAUAGAAGAAUACGAACUUUUUUAUUAUAAAAAAAAUCUCUGCAUAUCUGAAAAUAAAUAAUAAUUGCUAUACAAAAAUGUAAUUUUUUUCUUCAAUUUCGAUUCCAAUUUAUUUUAAAUACAUGAACUUUAAUUGGAUGAAAUAAAUGCAACUGUGAAUUAAUGAAUUAAUUAAAUAGAUAAAAAGAAACACUUGUGGCAUUUUUGAUGAAUAUUGAAAUAUAUGAAUAACAGACGCAUCGUCCGGAGGCAGCUUUAAUAUGCCGCGACGUAAUAAAUCAAAUUUCUUUGAGUUUGUUCUUAUCUCCUCACUCAUUCGUAAGCGACCAAUUUAUCUAUCGUGCAAUAUCUUAGAUCGAACGGAAAAUUCUCGACGUUUCAAAGUGUCAGCAGCGGGAUGAGACAUGUGAACGAGAUCGGUUUAACUAUUAGAGUGACUACUUAGUAUAUAUAUAUAUAGAUCUCGAUAAUAUUUCGCGAGAAACGUAAGAUACGCGAUGUAGCGUCCCAGAAUAUACCACGAAAACUUGGCAAUUAGUGUAUAUAUUUUGCUCUUGAAGAAAUUGCGUAGAUCUCGUACAAGGAUCGUUCCCGUGAAUAUUAGUGACAUUUAAUAGAAAUUUAUUUGUCUUUUUUUAUGGAGAUAUCAAAUCUACUGUGCGAAUUGAAUUUUGGUUACUUUUUCCGAUCUCUUGCUCUCCCUUAUUGUUAUUAGUCGGAAAAAUAGGAGUUGUUUUUUUAGAUAAUCCAUUAAAAAAUUUAUUGAUCUGUUAAUCUUAGUUUUUUUUACUCUCAUGUAUGUAAUCUCUUAGAAAAAUUUCUUCUUUUUUAUGAUCUUUACUUCUCCUUAGGCAAACCGUAACAGGGUAAGAAAUUUCGCAAGUUUGUCGACAUCAAUAAAUGUUUACGGGAACAGUCCAUCAUCCGUUCGCCGCAGAUUCGUUUUGGAUCUGAUAGAUGCGACGGUAAAAGUUUGACUCAAGUAUAUCAAAGCUAAAAAGUAAAUUAGAGAUUAAUAAUUGACGGGUCAAAUUUAACGUAGAUGUACAGAUGCAAACAGGAUAGAAACGUAAGCAGCCGAUUUUUCGAAACUUUUUAAACGCAAAAAUUUGCCCGAUUUUCGUGGAAUGCCCGGCGAUUCUUCUCUUUUCUAAGUGAUAGAUUAAUAAUUCAUCAAUAGCGCGUGCGAUCGGUGCCAUUUGGGGACUCGAAAAAGCGAAAGAUAGCUUAGAUUAUAUACUAGUAGAUAUAAUGCAUGUGGAAUUUUCGUAGUGUUAUUCCUAUCGUUUAUACAUUUAAAUAAUGAGCAGUUUAAUUGAACAACAGGCGAGUGACAAUACAUGUCCCGCUUGUCAUUCACGAUUUAUACAAUAAAAUGUAAUGAUCGCUUAGUGGAGAUAUUCUCACCCAUACAUUUAAAGCACGAAGACUUCGGUGAUCUAACUCUCUUUGUCCAGAUUUUUCCCAUCUUCUCUAUCUUUAACUUUUUCUAUCUUCUAUCACAUGAAUCUUCUAUCUUUUCUCACUUUUAUCUUGUUUCGCACUGAUGAUGCGAAAAAAUACAUAGUGUGAAAAAAAUUAUUUAGAAGCGUAACAGAUUCUGUCGACCAGGCACCAUUAUCCUUUUGCUUUUGUCGCGCCGAUUAUAGAUUUUUUUCCAGCUCGUUCUUUUCAGAGGAAUCGUUUUUCUAUCUUCUUUUUUCUUCCGACACAAAUUAGCUAAUUAUUGAAAAAUAUUUAUAGGGUCUACGAACAUAGGAAAAACCUUAAGUUCGUACUUUCAAAUCAUACUUUGGAUAAAAAGUAAUAGAUAUAGAUAUAUUAUAUGGCGUGUGUCACCAGUCACUGAACUGAGAACAGCUUCUUAAUCCCUGAAUGCACAAAUGUCCGAAUAAAAGUUUAUAAAAACUUAAAAAUAGGAAAAGUGUGUGAAUUUUCAUCAGAUACAUUGUUGAAGGAUUCUUCUCUGAAAGAUUAUUCAUAAAAAGAGUUUAAUCUUAGAAAUGAAGAAAAAAUAAAUAUAUCGAGCUUUUCUCCUCCCUCCCUCUUUGUGCGUUCAAGGGUUAAAUCGCAUUUUUGUUGCUGCACCGAAUCAAAUGAAUACGCGAUGCACGCCACACGUAUAUUUUUCUACCUCUUACGUUCCGACAGCGUUGCCGAGGAACCCACCGCUCGUUCUCCGCGGCGAGAUUAAGCAGGAGACGAGUCCGCAGGCUCCGAUGCGCGGUGCACAAUUAGCACAGUAUCAUAUAAAGAUUCUUAUAAAAAUUAUCAAGAAUAAUUAAUAAAUAUAUUGGGCGUCCAUCUUCCGCGAUACACUCUCAGGAGACGAUUAACGGGUCUUCAUAAAUUGGAAGGCCCUCCACACGUAUCCUAAUCCUUUCUCUAUACUGCGUUACUAUUACUUGUGUCGCGAUUUUUACACGAUAGACAAAUCAAUUUUAUAUUACCAUUGUAAUGAGAUGCGCUUUUGAAAGAAAAAAAAAAGGAAAAAAUAAUAUACGGUACAAAUACAAUUAUCUCCCAGUGUGAAAACAAGUUUGCAAGGGAGUAAUAUCUAAAUAUUUUUCCUUUUUUUUAAACUGAUACAUUAUUUGUAGGAUAUUUCACUAUAUUUCAUGAAAUGAAAGUCUAUAACUUGCACGCAGUGAACGAGUGUGGAUUUUGUCUUGUAGUAUAAUAACAUAGUGUUCUUUUUCGCGAAAAAGGAUAGAAAGCUACUAAAUCAGAAAUGUAUAAGCAAAUCGCAUAAUCGGGUCUCGAGAGUUGAUCACUCAUCUCUCUAUGUUAACGAAGUGGACUGUGAAUUGUCUUCAUCGAUUGACUAUAGUAUAGUCUCACGAUGUUUUAGAAUCGAUCCCGAUUUGCUGUUACGCUUCGAACAAUAGUAUUCGCAAAUGUUGUAUAGACUUCAAGCGUAUAGACGGGAUUUCUCCGCUUUCUUAUAUAUUUUACUUUUGUAACUGAUUUUGCGGAAUUAAUUUAAUUUCGUUUCUUACAAUAUAAAGACGAUCUAUAUAAGCGCAAAAAGAUUAGAAGGAAUUUGGAUAGAAGAAGCGGAGAAUUUCCGUCGCGAUUCAUCUUGGCUGCACUUGUCGAUUAAUUAUCAAUGCGCAGCGCAAACAGCAUCCAGCGAAACAUUAGGUGCCUUUAGUAUUUCCGAUCAACAAUGUAAUUAAUAUAAAAUAGAAAACAAUGUAUGCUUGAAUGUGCAUAAAUCGUACCGACUCGUUCUUAAUCUAAGAAACAGCAAGUUGCAAGCGGCGUCGCAAUGCGAUGAAACGAUAAUCGGUCUCAACAAAAAUAUCGUCUUUUUUUUUGUGACGUGUCCUAUCGCUACAAAAAUCGUGGAAAAUGCGUAAAUUAUUCAAGGAACUGAAUGUAUGAUAGAUAAAUAGAAUGUUUACUUAUGCUGGGAAAA